AGAUAGUAGAAGGAACGAGUUGCAGGAGAUGAGGUUGUACGUGUAUGUGUUGGAAGCCAGGGAUUUGCAGGGGACGGAAUCAAAGGGGAAUCUUUAUGCGAAGCUCCAGGUUGGGAAGUAUAAGUCCAACACCAGGGUUGUUAGCAAAGCCCUGAACCCCGUGUGGAAUGAAGAAUUCGUUUUCAGGGUCCAUGACAUUGACGAAGAGCUCGUUGUAUCCAUCUUUAACCAACGUGAUGACCACGGCUUUUUCCAUGCCUCUGCGGAUUUAUUGGGUGGAGUUCGGGUUCCUGUCUGGUCGGUCGUCGGUGAAGACAAGCAGACACUGCCUCCUACUUGGUUUUCACUCGAAAAGCCCAAGACCGGCAAAUUCACAACCAAAGACUCUGGGAAGAUUCUUCUCACUUUAUCAUUACAUGGAGAAAAUAACAGCAGUCUGGAGCCUCACCCUCUUUCUGUACAGUCAAGGCUCCACACUGCAAACACCAAAGAUUCCGCAUGCCCAGUCGAACAAUCUCAAGAUAUUGUGAACUCUGCAUCUCCAUUCCAGAAGAAAUCUGAGGGGAAGCAGUUGGUGAAGGCUAUUGCAAAUCGCUUGGAAAGGCUUUUCAAUAAGAAUGAGGAAGGUCUCACAUCUGAUUCAAGAAGUGAAGUUUGCUCAAAUUCCGAUUACGAGGAUUGCAUGGAUGAACCUUUCCCUAGUUGCAGCUUUGAAGAAGCUAUUGAAUUAAUGCAGUCCAAAGAUGGGGAACAAGAAGUGCUGGACAACCUCCAGGGGGGCAUCCUUCUUGACCGUUCCUAUGUGGUAUCACCAAUAAAUUUGAACACAUUGCUCUUUGCCCCCAAUUCCCAGUUCCAGAGAGAUCUUGCAGAACUGCAGGGAACUACAGACUUACAAGAGGGAUGUUGGACAUGGAAAUCAGUAAAGAUUUCAUGUUUAACUAGAACUCUUACUUACACAAAAGCGGCCACAAAAUUAGUCAAGGCCGUGAAGGCCAUUGAGGAACAAACUUAUCUUAAAGCAGAAGGAAGGGAAUUUGCAGUGCUGACAAAUGUGGGAACACCAGAUGUUCCAUAUGGAAAUUGUUUCAAGAUAGAGCUACUUUACAAGAUAAUGCCUGGGCCAGAGUUAUCUUCUGGAGAAGAGUCCACUCAUCUUGUUGUGUCCUGGAACAUUAGCUUCUUUCAGAACACAAUGAUGAGAAGUAUGAUUGAAGGAGCAGCUCGGCAAGGAUUAAGGGAGAGCUUUGAACAGUUCGCAGACUUGCUAUCUCAGAAUCUAAAGGAGGUUAAUUCUGCAGAACUCUUAGGAAAGGAAAAUAUGCUGGCAACACUGCAAAUGGAUCACAAGUCGGACUUGGAGUUGGCAAUUGAGUUCUUUUGCAAUUUCACAGUAGUUUCAACGAUUUUCAUGAUCUGUUACAUCCUAUUACAUAUUCUGCUCUCUGGGCCCAGUAAACUCCAGGGGUUGGAGUUUGAUGGUCUGGAUUUGCCUGACACUUUUGGAGAAUUGAUCACCAGCGGAAUAUUAGUUCUUCAAGUUGAGCGUGUUUUUAAUGAGGUUUCACAUUUUUUUCAGGCUAGACUGCAGAGAGGAAGUGACCAUGGUGUCAAAGGCCAAGGUGAUGGAUGGGUGCUUACAGUAGCUUUGAUUGAAGGAAAUAACUUAGCAUCUGUUGAUUCAACUGGAUUUUCAGAUCCCUAUGUUGUUUUCACCUGCAAUGGUAAGAGUAAAACAAGUUCUGUCAAGCUUCAAACUCGUGAUCCUCAAUGGCAUGAGAUACUGGAAUUUGAUGCUAUGGAGGACCCUCCAUCAGUGUUGGAUGUGGAAGUUUUUGAUUUUGAUGGCCCGUUUGAUCCAGCUGCUUCACUUGGUCAUGCUGAGAUCAAUUUUCUAAGACAUACAUCUGCAGAACUGGCAGACAUGUGGGUCUCCCUUAACGGAAAAUUGGCACAGGCAUCUCAGUCUAGGUUGCACGUGAGAAUUUUUUUAGAAAACAACAAGGGAGUUGAAACCAUUAAAGAGUACUUAUCAAAGAUGGAGAAAGAAGUUGGAAAGAAGUUGAUUCUUCGGUCACCUUACAGGAAUUCAAUGUUUCAAAAGCUCUUUGGGUUGCCCCCAGAAGAAUUUCUUAUCGAUGACUUCUCAUGCUACUUGAAGAGAAAGAUGCUUUUGCAGGGUCGGCUCUUUAUUUCUGCAAGAAUAGUUGGGUUCUAUGCUAACUUGUUUGGACAUAAAACUAAGUUCUUUUUCCUCUGGGAAGACAUUGAAGAUAUUCAAGAGAUUCCACCAUCACUUGCUUCAGUGGGUAGCCCAUCUUUGGUCAUAGUUCUGCAUAAAGGCAGAGGUAUGGAUGCUAGAUAUGGUGCAAAAUCUCAAGAUGACGAAGGCAGGCUUAGAUUCCACUUUCUAUCAUUUGGUUCAUUCAGUGUAGCAAGCAGGACAAUCAUGGCCUUAUGGAGGUCAAGAACCCUGACCACAGAGCAGAAAGGGCAAAGAGCAGAAGACUGGGAAGAUCAGGAUGAUAGAUCUAUUCUGGUUGAAGAUGACGAGAGAUUUUCUGGUUUUGAAGGCGCAACCAUGUCCAAGGUUUACUCAGCAGAACACCCUUUCAAUAUAAAAUCAUUGAUGAGACUGUUUGAUGGAGAUACUUUGGAACAUAGUGUGAUGGGAAAAUCUGGUUGUCUGAACUAUGCAACGACACCCUGGGAAGCCGUAAAACCUGAAUUUUAUGAAAGAGAUAUCUCAUACAAGUUCAAUCGCCAUGUUUCAAUCUUUGGAGGUGAAGUAACCAGCACACAGCAAAAAUUUCCCAUUGCAGAUGGUAACGGGUGGAUGGUGGAUGAGAUUAUGACUUUCCAUGAGGUCCCAUUUGGUGAUCACUUCCAUGUCCAUUUGAGAUAUCAGAUUGAGACGCGUGUACUUGGCACUGAUUCAUGCCAUUGUGAAGUUUAUAUGGGGAUAGCAUGGCUGAAAGGCACCAAGUUCCGGCAAAGAAUUGGCAGAAAUAUAACGGAGAAGUUUACCCGCCGUUUGAAGGAAAUUUUUGAACUGGUAGAGAGAGAGAUCCUUUUGGCAAAUGCGCAGGAUAGUUUAGCCUGACUAAUAAUGCACUAACAAGUUGCUU